AUGGUUUGCCACACCCCAUCCUCGGAAAUCAUAUUCAUUACCAUAUUUCUUAGUAAUGAAUUUACGAGAACCACUCUUGCACCCAGGGAUAGGCCAUAUGUAGGCCUAAUUAUAGCAGCAAAUGUUGUAGGAGCUUGUCUGCUUCUACUUCUAGUUUGGUUCAUUCUAUCAUGGUUUAUGUGGAAAAGAGGGCGCGAUUCCCUUAUCGCAGGAGCUGGCCUUAGGCAAUUCAUGUACCACGAUUUAGUCAAUGCAACCAACAACUUCUGCACAGAGAGGAGGCUAGGGGAAGGUGCCUUUGGCGCAGUGUACCUAGGGAAAUCCUUCAAUGUCGACAAUGGCCAGCAACAAGAUGUUGCUAUCAAGGAGAUCUUCAAGGGGUCUAAUGAAGGAAGAAAGGACUUCCUCGCUGAACUCAACAUUAUUAGCAAGACCAAGCACAAGAAUCUAGUCAGGCUGGAAGGUUGGUGCUGCCGCAGCAAAAGAAGCACUUGGAGCUUGAUGUGUUGGUGCUUCCUAAAGCAGGUUGAUCACAAGCUCUUCCUUAUCUAUGAACUGAUGCCACAGGGCGAUCUCGACCAUCACCUACAUCAGAAUAAGGAUACAGUUCUGCCGUGGCCAGCUAGGUACAAAAUAGUGAAGGGACUAGGAUCUGGUCUUGCUUACCUCCAUCACGAAUGCGAUCCGUACAUACUGCACAGGGAUAUCAAGCCUGGCAAUAUACUUCUUGAUGAUGAAUACAACGCCAAGUUAGCUGACUUUGGCCUAUCGAGGAUUGGGAAUAAAAACAAUGCCACACUGAUGACCACCGCAGUGGGCACCAUGGCAUACAUGGACCCGCAAUGCAUAAAAGAUGGUGACGUCAGGUUCAACCCCAGCACAGACGUCUACAGCUUUGGGCUCGUGCUUCUUGAGAUUGCGUGCGCGAGGCAUAAGUCGAGGGAGCAAGUGUGGGAAUUGUAUAGAACCUAUGGCGCCGCCGCGCUUAUUGUGGAGGAUGUGGCUGACCAGAGGUUAGAAGGCAACUUCGAUCGGGAGCAGAUGCGGCGUGUGCUUGUCGUGGGCCUUUGGUGUUCUCUCCCUGACGGUUCGCACCGACCUUCUAUGCGGCAAGCUUUGCGACUCCUGGAAGAGGAUGACACACCGUUGCCUGAUCUUGCAUCAUGUGACACUUUCGACUUAAUCCGUUUAUAG